AUGUCACAAGACGUAGUCUCAGAAACAACCCCCGGGCCCUCUGAGACCAAGCAAUCCCCAAAGAGUCCCAGAGAGACUCGAAAGGGACGGAGAUUCUGGCUCAUCCUGCUGGGUAUUGCGUUGACGAGUCUCCUGACGUCCCUGGAAGCCACCAUUACUUCCACGGUCUUACCAGUCAUCGUGUCCGACCUGGGCGGGGGCGACAACUACAUCUGGGUGGCUAAUGGGUAUUUCCUGACCAUGGCAUCUCUCCAACCCCUGUUCGCACAAAUUGCGAACGUCUUUGGCCGGCGCAGGCCUUUGAUCGCGUCAACGGCUGUCUUUCUAAUUGGAAGUGGUAUAUGUGGCGGAUCCACCAACAUGGCCAUGUUGAUCAGCGGCCGUGUACUGCAGGGCAUUGGAGCGUCUGGAAUCAGUGUCCUAGUCGAAACGAUCAUCUGCGACUUGGUUCCUCUCAGGGAGAGAGGGAACUACAUGGCGCUGGUGUUCGGUAUGAUCUCCGUGGGAACCGCAUUGGGCCCUUUGUUUGGCGGCCUCAUCGUUAGCUACAGUACCUGGCGAUGGGCUUUCUAUAUGGCGUUGCCUAUCGGCGGUCCGGCACUGGCCCUGCUGGUGGCGUUCCUGCAUGUCAAUUACGACAAGUCGAAUACUCUGGCGACUAAGCUUGGGAGUCUAGACUGGCUGGGCAAUGUUGUCUUCGUUGGAGCUUCGUGCUCCGUGCUGAUUGCGCUCGGAUGGGCUGGAGCUGGAGGCGAAUACUCGUGGUCUUCAUUCCGCGUGCUUGUCCCUCUUGUGAUAGGAAUGGUCGCUCUGGCAGGCUUCAUCGUCCUCGAGGGUUCUCGCUUUGUAGCGAAUCCGAUGAUGCCGCUGCAUCUCUUCUCGAACCGCACAUCGGCUGCCAUCUUCGUCCUCACUUUUCUCCACGGCGUCGUCACCAUGUGGGCUUUGUAUUUCCUCCCGGUAUACUUCCAAGGCGUGCUCAGUGCAAGUCCAUACCGCUCAGGAAUCCUGCUUUUACCCACCAUUCUCGCCCUGAUCCCCUUUGUCAUCGUUGGAGGGUUACUGCUAACCAAGUUCGGCCGGUACAAACCAAUACUCCUUGUCGCGUUAGCUCUAAUCGUCAUCGGAUUCGGCCUCUUCUCGCUGCUCGAUCAGAACUCCACCCUAGGCGCCUUGGUCGGGUUCCAGAUCAUCGAGUCCGCCGGCGCCGGCCUGGCCAUACCAACCCUCCUCCCUGCCCUCCUAGCCCCAUUGACCGACAAGGAUACAGCGCUGGCGACAGGAACAUGGGCGUUUAUGCGCAGCUUCGGCGUUACAUGGGGCGUUGCCAUCGCAGGCGCCAUCUUCAACAAUAGAGCCGAACAGCUGGCGGGGCAGGGUGUUAUAACAGACGCGAGCGUGGCGGCGGAGUUCAUGCACGGUGGCGCCUACCAGCGUGCUACGGCAAAUUUCCUCGAUGGACUUGAGGAAGAGACGCGCGCGCAGGUUGUUGCUCUGCAGAAUGGGAGCUUGCGCCGGUCGUGGCAGGUUGCUAUCGCGUUCGCUGCUGUGGGGUUCCUUGUUGCGGUGAUUCCUAAGGAGAUUCCGCUGAGGAAUGAGCUGGAUAGUGAAUUCGGUAUGAUGGAGGAGAAGAAGCGCAGUGGCGAGGCUUGA